GUGAUAAAUAAAUUUAUUGCUUCCCAAAAUAUGUUCGGUGCAUAUAAAUAGCCAGAUUGUUGCUCGAAAAUCAACAGUAAAAGUUGAAGCUUCGAUUACUAUAAGCACUUAUUUUAAAUUUUAAAAAUGGCGAAAAUUUUACUCACUAUUCUUGUCGCUGUGUUAGCUAGCGUUGCUGCUAAUCAGUGUCUUCCGAAGACUUGUCGCGGAAAAACACAUACUAUGUGUUUAUAUAGCUCAUCGAAACCAUCGCCAUAUUGUAAUAAAGUACAAACAAGUUCGCUGACACCCGAAGAAGAACAAGAAAUUCUUGAUGCGCACAAUAAAUUCCGAGCUAGAGUAGCCAGUGGACAAGAAAGUCUUGGACGCCCUGGACCACAGCCAGCUGGUCAUAUUCCACCACUCAAGUGGGACAAGGAAUUAGCACAAGUUGCUCAAAGAUGGGCCAAUCAAUGUAAAUUCGGUCACGAUAAAUGCCGCGAUGUUGAACGGUUCCAAGUUGGUCAGAAUGUAGCCUCUAAAAUGCACAGCAACCAACAUGUAGCCCAAAUGGGUGAUUUGGUUAAAAUGUGGUACGAUGAAGUAAAAGACUUUGACAGCCGGCAGGUCCAGAGCUUCAAACCACAACCAGAGCCGAAAAUUGGACACUACACCCAACUUGUUUGGGGUGAAACAACUCUCGUAGGUUGUGGAGCCGUUAGAUAUUUCGGGUUCGACAACUGGUACACCACCUACUUGGUUUGCAAUUAUGGGCCAACUGGAAACUGGAUCGGCAGUCCACUUUACCAGACUCGUUAAUUUGAAUUUUGACGUGUCAUUAUUUUCAUUGAAUAUAUUUCAAUUGAUAUAUUUGAUAAAAAUUCAAAUAUUGCUGUUAA